UCAAACAAACACCACUUUGGGGACACUUUGGGCCUGUGUGUGAACGCUGACGUUUAUUUGCGCUCCUGUCAGGUGAAACGGGGCGGACCCCUGGACUCGUCACAGACCACCGGAAACCUAAAACCAGGGUCUGACGCGGAUCCCGAGCGGCACUGAUGUUUGGAUCAGCUCUCCGGCUGAACCCUCAUGGACCCGACACCGGACCGAGCCUUUCUGGUGGAGGACGACCCGGAGGAUGUCGACCUGGAGGACGACAUGGACGCGUCCCAGCUGGACAAAUUCAUGAAGGACCGGCGGAGAGCCAAGUCCCUGCCCGCCUACCCGGGGCUGCUGGAGGCAGAACCCGGAGCCAACGGGAGGAAGCGCGUGAAGUUCGCCGACUCUCUGGGUCUGAACCUCGCCAGCAUCAAACACUUCAGUGCCAUGGACGAUCCGCAGGUCCCGUCCAAAGUUUUGUCCAGACACCGCAUCUUCAAGUCGCAGGACUUACGGAGCGACCUGUGCGUGUCUCUCAAUUCGGGCCUGGACACCGAGCGCCUGGUGGCCUGCUUCCCGGAGCCGGCCGCGCCGGAGGACCGGGUCCGGCUGUUCCGCGUCUGCCUGGAGACGAUCAGCACCACGCACUGCGACGUGCGCGGUCAGAUCCGCGUCCUGAGCGGCAGCUCCGACAAACAGGUCGGGGUCCGGUAUACCUUCAACGACUGGCUCUCCUACUCGGACGUGCAGGCUCUGCCCGUGUCCGUGGACCAGCCGGACUUGGUGGGGGAGCGUUUCGGGUUCACGGUCUACACGCCGCCCUUCAUGGACCCGGGCUCUGCCUUGCACCUCGCCAUCUACCUGCGUAGCGAGGAGGGAGAGUUUUGGGACAACAACGGAGGUCAGAACUACACCCUCGUGUGCCGCUGCAUGGCCCGCCCCAAGACCUUCGUCAGCGCCGCCUUCUACGGCACCUGAACGGCGCAUGCGCUGCGCGUAAACGGUCUCCAUCCGCGCGUAAAAGCUCAUCAUCCGCGCGUAAAAGCUCUCCAUCCUCCCAGUUUUCUGACUCCGGUUCCCAUCCGGUGUUUGGACAGAGCAGCUCCUCACCUGGUCCGCACACACACUUUCCAGGGGAAAGAAACAACACACAAAACGCCA